UGAAUGUUGUUUUCAUAUGAAAAUUAUCAUCAUUCGGAAUUCGGUUUUUGGUGGAAAAUUUGGCUAAAGAUUUUUGAAUAAUUCUGAAAAAAAUUGAAUUAUAUAAACAUGGUUCUAGCAUCAUUACAACGUAUGGUUCAUACGGCAAUCAAACAAACAAAUACAAAUUGUCGUAUUUGGCAAGGAAUGAUUUCGUUGGGAACUGUUGGUGUUUCACAUCAAUAUCAACAGUUACGUUUGAAAAGUAAAAUUGGUUUUUGUGGCUAUUUGGAACAUGCUGAAUUUAAAAAACGUGAUAUUCGUUAUCAAACAUCAACAAGACAUGAUCCAAAACGUAUAUCAUGGCAUGAUUAUCAAAUACGUUCAUGGAAAGCACGACAUUCAAAAAAACCAUAUCCAUAUUGGCAAGCUAAAAUGGAUUAUGCUGAAAAUCUUUGCCGAUUAGGAAUGUCCGAUUGGUCAAUCAAUCAGAUAACACAAUUACAUCCACAUUGUAUACAAUAUUUAAAACGUAAAAUUUCUGGAAAUGUUGUACUAUUACGUGAAGCAGAAUAUUCAAAUUAUGUUAAUCAUCGUACAGGUGAACGUUAAAUCAUCAUCAUUGUAAUAAUAAUUGUAAUUUUUAAUAUAUAAAAAAUGGAACAAUUAAUUAAUUAAUUAAACAACAACAAC